AUGACAGAGAUCACGGCCACCACCAAAGCCUCGUCUACCGGUGGCACCAUUGCUCUCAAUGGAGCACAGAGUACAAAGAUGGGACUGACGCUCAACAAAGAGUUGGCGACGGCCGAAAUCUCCUAUACCCUGAAAAACCCAGCAUCCGAAGCAGCUCAUAAGGCAGCCUCGGAAUUCAUGCCCGGGGGUAAUACUAGAUCAGUGCUCUACAACAGACCGUUUCCACUCUGCAUGGGAAAUGGCAAGGGGAACCGUCUGUGGGAUGUGGAUGGCCACGAAUAUUUAGAUUUUAUCGGCGAAAUGACAGCUGGGCUAUACGGGCAUUCCAACGAGAUCAUUCGCGACGCUCUCUUCUCUGCCUUUGACCAGCAUGGCGUCAAUCUGGGUGCCCACAACCUCCAAGAGGCCAAACUUGCAUCUCUUCUGUGCUCGAGAUUCCCAUCCAUCGAGCAUCUUCGCUUCUGCAACUCCGGAACAGAGGCCAAUCUAUAUGCUCUCAGUGUUGCUCGGAAGGUGACAGGCAAGCGGAAAGUCGUUGCCUUCAAUGGCGGCUAUCACGGCGGCGUUCUGGGGUUUGCCCAUGGGGUCAGUGAAAACACCGUCGACCCUGGCUAUUGGAUCCUCGGAACAUACAACGACCGAGAGCAUCUUGAAUCACUGUUUGAAACGCAUGACGAUAUCGCUGCCGUCAUCGUCGAAGCCAUGCAAGGCGCUGGAGGCUGCUUGCCUGGCGAAAUCAGUUUCCUCCGGUCGGUUCAGUCGCUUGCCGCAAAACAUGGAGCUUUGUUUGUCCUCGACGAAGUCAUGACAUCACGGCUGUAUCCCUCCGGCCUCCAGGGCAAAUAUGAUCUCCAACCUGAUCUGACCACUCUGGGAAAAUACAUUGGGGGCGGUUUGGCAAUCGGGGCCUUUGGUGGCCGAACAGAACUUCUCCAGACAUACGACCCGCGUCAGAGCUCUGCUUUACCCCAUUCUGGCACCUUCAACAACAACACGCUGACGAUGGCGGCGGGUUAUGCUGGUUUAUCCCAAGUUUACACCCCUCAGGCCAACCUCGAGCUCAAUGCUCUGGGCGACUCUCUUCGCAUCAAGCUACAAGCAAUCGCAAAGGGUACCAAGAUGGUCAUCACUGGGGUCGGUGCGGUGAUGACCAUUCACUUUCUGCGCCAUGGUAUGCCACCCCUGCGGACGGAAGACCUUGACAAGCAUUCGGUACCUGAGCUCAAGAGGCUCUUUUGGUUUUGGUGCAUUGAAAGAGGGUAUUGGAUCGCAGAAAGAGGCAUGAUCAGUCUCUUGUUGGGCACAACCAUGCAAGACAUCGACUUGCUUGUAAAGGCUGUUGACGGUUUCGUCAUCCAGUAUCGGACUGAGCUGGAGCUUGAAAUCUAA